AUGUUGUUUGCACUGGCACUGUUUCACUUCUCGCUAGCUUCAGCUCAGUUUAAUCCACACUUUAAACCGGGGCGCCAUACGAUAGUGCAACUGUUUGAAUGGCGUUACGAAGAUAUCGGACGCGAGUGUCGGACGUACCUCGGACCGAAUGGAUUCGGCGCAAUUCAGUUAUCACCAGUCAACGAGGUGAGCGAUGGAGGUAAAUCCGCUAGUUGGGCAGAUCGAUAUGAACCUGUUUCGUACGAGCUGACAAGUCGCUCUGGAAACGAGUCGGAAUUGCGGUCAGCAAUAGACGAGUGCAACAAGGCCGGUAUUCGAGUAAUAGUGGAGGUAGUGCUUAACCAUAUGGCACGUCCCGAAAAUGGUUCCACUGCCACGAUACGUGGAACGGCAGGCUCUACCGCGAAUCCUACCGUCCGUGAUUAUCCAGAUGUUCCAUAUAGCACGGCAGAUUUCCAUGAACCAUGCCGUAUCGUGAACCCGGAAGAUUCACACGAGUUGCGCAACUGCUGGAAGGAAAACCGGCCUGAUCUGAAUCACGGUCUGUUGCGUGUUCGUGAACGUAUUUUGGACUUCCUCAACCGAUUGUUGACAUUCGGUGUAGCGGGAUUCUUCGUCGAUUCUGCGCUAUAUAUGUGGCCACACGAUUUGCAAGCUGUGUUUACUAAACUUCAAAACCUAAGCACAAAUGGCGGGGUGUUUCCACUUGGUAGUAGACCGUUUAUCUGUCUUGAUCUAUCCUACCACGGCUUAACCGGAGCGGAAGAAUCGUUGCAAGCCAGAUGGAAAGAGUACGCUGAUCUCGGAGUUAUCGCACAGGACCGAUUUGCGUACGAUAUUGGAGAUGUGCUGCUAAAAAGGAAGCCUUUCCAUUACUUCGUCCACUUGGGCACUCGGCUUGGGUACGUACCACGGGAGAAGGCACUGAUUUACGUCAACAAUCCACAGCUUCAGCGACUGCCGGAUGCAGAUGGUGAUCUUUGGGUAGUGUCGGUAGGCAAAAGAAGAGCGUACCAAAUCGGGCUUGCCUUUAUGCUUGCGCAUCGAUAUGGCAUGCCACGAGUAACGAGCUCGUACUACUUCAUCCACUCUUCCCAGGGUCCUCCGAGCGAUGCACAAGGCAAGAUUGCCCCCGUUCAGAUUGACGAAAACGGGACCUGUCGCUUACCAUGGAUCUGUGAACAUCGAUGGCCGGUAGUGAGAAAGAUGGUUUACUUCCGACAUGUUACCAACGGAACGGGCGUUCGGGCGUGGGUUGAUAAUGGCCAAAAUCAGAUAGGUUUCUGCCGUGAUCGGGUUGGAUUUGUGGCAUUUAAUGCCGAGAUUUCACUGACACUCAAGGCGAAUCUGUACACGUGCCUGCCGGAAGGACGCUAUUGUGAUCUGAUCAAUAGCACGCACGACAAGCUGGUUGCGGAUGGAACUUGCUCUGGAGGAACUGUCAAAGUAGCAGCUAAUGGUCAGGCGGAAAUUUUUAUACGCACUAAUCUCGACGAACCAUUUAUUGCACUAUUGAAAACUUUCAAACCAUAA